CAGUUCUUUUGAUUUUUUCCACCGAUUAUAGUAAAUUUUGUUAUCUACAGUGAUUUAACUAAAUGGCGUUCACAGUGAGCUAAAAAAGGUUUCAUUUUCUUUACAAUAUUGUUCUAAGAAUUAGUUGUUGAAAGAUAGUGCUGUAAAAGCUGGUCUGACGGCAAUUUGGCAAUUCAAUUGCUUUUAAAGAGCUGGCUGGCAAUAGAUGAUCGAAAAAGGGUCGAGAUCGAGUGAAUGCAAUAUGAAUACGUCGAGUAAACGUUUACUAGACAUGUUUUUACAGCCAAAAAGCGUUCAAUGCAAUAAAAUCCAGAAAGAUGAGUUUAUAUGGCUUUCUGAAAUAAUAGGAUCUAUCAUACGAGUGUUAUUCGAUCUAUAGUCGAGAGAGUAAUCAAUUAUACGAUGGUUUUGCUAGUUGUGUCCUACAUAUCCCAUGACACUUGAGUGUGAAGUUUACACUUCAAAAUCCUUACCUUUACUAUAAUCAAAAAAUGGUACUUAUAAUCCUCAUUAAUGUUUCUUUAGAUGUACAAGAAAAGCUUAAGGUUAGUAAAUUCAACAACCUCCCCAACUAUGUAAACGGGACACAUCUUAAAAUCGGAACAUACAAUAAUCGCCCUCUAAGUUGGGUGGAUGUGAGUGAAAAUGGCACCCUCACAGGAAACGGAGUGGCUUUUAUCCUUGUGGACAUUCUACAGAAGAAGUUCAACUUCACUUACGAGGUGGUGGUACCGGAAAGGAACUUUGAGAUGGGUGGCGUCAACCCGGUGGAUUCCUUGAUUAGCCUCGUCAACAAUAGCAUGGUGGAUUUUGCUGCUGCCUUCCUACCGAAGAUAGGAAUGUACGUCGACAAAGUGAAAUUCUCUUAUGACCUGGACGAAGGCGUUUGGAUGAUGAUGCUAAAGAGGCCCAAGGAAUCGGCUGCGGGCUCCGGCCUUCUUGCUCCUUUCAAUAAUGCCGUAUGGUAUUUGAUCCUCGUGGCGGUUCUGUCGUACGGCCCGUGUAUAACUUUGCUCACAAAGUUGAGAUCAAAGCUUAUUCCGGAUAAAGAGAGACCAAUACGGGUGUACCCUAGCUUCUGGUUCGUCUACGGAGCAUUCAUUAAGCAAGGGACAAAUUUAUCGCCUGAAGCGAAUACAACCCGUGUACUGUUUACAACUUGGUGGCUAUUCAUAAUUCUCCUGUCGGCAUUUUACACGGCCAAUCUGACGGCUUUCCUGACCCUCUCCAAGUUUACCCUUGACAUAGAGUACCCGUUGGAUCUGUACAAGAAGAAUUACCGAUGGAUUGCGUCAGAGGGCAGCGCUGUCGAGUUCGUUGUUACAAACCCUAGCGAAGAUAUCAACUACUUGAGCAGAAUGAUAGCCACUGGUCGUGCUCAAUUCAAAUCCUUCAGCAACGACUACGAUUACUUGCCUCUAGUGCAGUCCGGGGUGGUUCUGGUCAAAGAGCAGACGGCUAUAGAUGACUUGAUGUAUAGUGAUUACCUGAUGAAGGCCAGGGAAGGGGUGGAGGAGACUGACCGGUGUACAUACGUGGUGGCACCUAAUGCUUUCAUGAGGAAGGUCAGGGGGUUUGCUUAUCCGAAGAACAGCAGCCUGCCUUUACUGUUUGAUAGCGUCUUCAACUUUAUCCUGCAAGCCGGCAUAAUAGACUACCUUGAACGCCGUGAUCUGCCGACAACAAAGAUAUGCCCUUUAGACUUGCAGUCGAAGGAUCGCCAGCUGAGGAACAGCGACCUGAUGAUGACUUACAUGAUCAUGAUUGUGGGUUUGUCGGCCGCCGUAGCCAUUUUCAUCGGCGAGGUGAUAGUGAAACGCUACAUCCCCGUCAAAGUCACCAAGAUCAAGAAGUCCAAGCAUAAGAAGACCAAAUUCGAUGACAAUCCCAAAAUCUACUACGACGACAGCCGUCCCCCGCCAUACGAAUCUAUAUUCGGCAAGAACGGCAAGUUUAAAGUAACUGAGAAUAGUAAGCGGAGAAUUAUCAACGGCAGAGAGUAUCUGAUAGCGAAAGCUUCAAAUGGAGACACUAGGCUGAUACCGGUGAGGACACCGUCGGCCUUCUUGUACUAUAGGGACCAAUAAAUCUAGUCGGUCCAAUAUGGAUCUUAGAGCAUUAAGAACAAGGACACGUGAUUUCUUAUAACAAUAAAUUAUAGUAUGUAUGCAAGAUAAAUUGUCGUAUGACACCAUGACGCACUCUAAUAACAAAACCUUUUGCCAAGUUUUGCAUAGUGUCAUAAGAUUGACAGUUAUAUUUUUUUUAAAUUUUUAAGCAUUUAACUGCUUCAUGUUUUAAACCUAAAGAAAAUAUAACUAGAAAAAAUUCAUGCGGACCAGGCAGCAGACGGGUCUCGAACCCGCACCCUUCGCAAUCCGGGCGAAUGCACUGACCAAUUAUGCUACCGCGGCCCUAUAGGGCCCUAUAGGGAUGUCCCGUCUGCUGCUUGGUCCGCAUGAAAUUUUUCUAGUUAUAUUUUCUAUAGAUUGACAGUUAUCUUUUAUCGAUAUUUAAGGUUGAAUUUUUUUGACUUAUUUAUGGAAAUUUUGAAUGAUGGGUUUUCUUUUGCCUUUGUUGAUAUUAACGACAUGAUGGAUGUAGUAUUAGUAGUAGUAGUAGUUUAUCACAAUUGGUAAAACACAAAACGUGUAGAAAAAAACCUACCCUAGAAUUAUUUUAAUCUUUUUAUUAUGAGGCUUGUAAUCUUCAGUAUAUUAUCAAUGUUACUUGUUAUAUAAUCUAUAAAAUGGCACUUCGCACAGGAGCAGAAAGUGCUAGUAGUAAUUACAUUAGAAUAGGUAUAGACGAACUGUGGUAUUCAAUAAAAAUAAUAUAAUUCAAUACAUAUUUUUAUUAACAGUGAAAAUACAUUUUCACAAUUCUUCUAAUAUUUAAAUCAUGAAUUCAACGCUUCUGAAUCACGAAGUAAAAUAAUAAAAAAAAAACAAUAAAUUUAUGCAUUUCAUAAUAAAUAAAACUAUGCGGGCCUGUUGGACGACAUUUUAUUGUUUACUAUGAAAAAUAAAUUAUUAUAAUUUAAAAACAAAGGGAAUAUUUGUUAAAAAAAGGAGAAAAUGUUAAAUAAAAUGUGGUUGAACAAGCCCUGCUUAUUUUAAGGCUUAGCCUGUACAAUAUACUCAUUUUGUACACAAAUACAAUAAUAGGUACAUAAUUUAUCUCAUUAUUUGAGCCGCGACCCGAGUCACGUAACACAUCAGUCGUAAUAAUUUGUUACCACGGUAACAAAGUCUGCGUAUAUAUAGUCAUUGAUUUAUAAUAAAUUCAUUUAUAAAAUUAAUUAAAAGAGUUCCAAUCUGAUGUGACAAUCCUCAUGGAAAUCUAAUCUGACAGCAGCACUUAAGACUCAUUUACACGAUGCAUUUUUCUUUAGAUUCAAAUCCAUCAACUUCAAAUUCCCGAGCAAAAAUCUGAGGUAGCAUUACCAUCACGAUUUUUGUAAUUUACACUAUUAGCGUCCCAUAAACCUCAUGAUUGCGAAUCUCAAUGUAUCAAUGUAUUAUUUAUAAACAAACCCCAAUCUAAAACAAUUACAAAAAUCGUGAUGGUAAUGCAUCACUGCAGCUUUUUGCUCGGGAAUUGGAGUUGAUGGAUUUGGUACUAAAGAAAAUAGCAUCGUGAAGUCUUUAAAUCUUUAACAUCUUUUUUCUUUACAAAGGGCUCCCAACACAGCAUUUAUUUAUUGUUAUUUCAUUAUUUAUCAUAACAAAAGUAAGAUGAAACACACAAACAUGGUAUAACUCCUGUCAUCAAAGAAAGGUAUCGAAAAUGCUGACGAGACAUUUUGUCCCUUUCGCACAUUACUUAGGAUAUCAUGUGCGAGAAGGACAGAAUGUCUUACGUUAGCAUUUUCGUUUCCUUACUUAAAUGACACGAGUUAUUACUUAUAUAAUUCAGUUACAAAUAUUGUACCUGCUGUGUAGUUGAAAAACAAGAAUGCACUGAUGUUAAAUUACCUUUAUAUAUAGGUAAUUAGGUACAUAAAUCUCACGUCAAAAUAGAACCAUUUACGACUUAAAAUAUAUUAGUAUACCGGAACAAGUCAAAAUUUUCUAUUAAGCGAUAAAAGAGGCGUUAUCAACUAGCAUGAAUACUUAACGUGAUUUGCAAUUUAUUUGUAUUGUAAUAUUUUUAUGUCCUAGAUAUUUUUUACAAAAUUCGCUUUUAAUACAACAGAACUGAAUGUGUAUCAUAUUUUAUCUAGGCAUCGAACUGCUAGACAUGUCUAAAAAAAUAAUAAUAAGAGCAAUAAUCUUGGCCCAGGUAUCUUACUGGAAUUAUAUAAUCAGCACUCAUAGCCAGGCGUAAUUACUGACCUCUAUAUUACCAAGCUCCUAAUGGACUUGUCAAAUUUCUUCUUCUUUUGUCGUAUAUACGAGUAUCUAAUGGCACAUUUACAUUCAGCCACUGCCAGGCCCGUCUUUCCCAUUGAGCACUUUGGGCAAGUGCCCAGGGCCCCGCGAUCGAUAGGGGGCCCCUCAGGUCAAAUACAAAGUCCCUAGUUCCUGUUAAAUCACCAAACGGAAGUCAUAGGGGCCCCAUUAUCCUAAUGUGCCCAGGGCCUCCUAUAGGUCAAAGACGGCACUGGCCAUUGCCAUUAGCGUUUGCACUGUGAAAAAGUACUCGCUAAAAUACUACUGCAGCAACGUCAAGAACAAUGUGUGUUUCAACUUAUGACAAGGGAGGUGAGAGAGAUGUGUUGAGAGCGAGCGGGACAGCAACAAUCGCGCUUUUUGCAGGUACGACGGACCGCGCAAAGGUUAACAUCAAUGGAAGCGACCUACGUGUCGAUUCUGCUAAGUUGUAAUAAGUUUUCAGUUGUUUGAAUUUUUAUACACUUAGAUCUUUCGAGCGUCAUCGUAGUGGCAGCAUCCGGGAAAUUUAUAGUGAAAAUCCGCUAGUGUGUCUCUUAUUGGUACUAAACACAAAAUCAAUAGAAGACUGUAUCAUAAGGGAGCAAAAUAAUGUUUUUACGGCGAGGGCGCCUUUUAAGGAGAAUCCUUAACGUAGCGAGGGAUUCAAAGUAGGUACGUCGCCCGAGCCAAAAAUAUAUUUUAUGCCAGAGUGAUACACUGUACUUUUCAUCACCUACUAUGAGAAAAUAAAAGGGGCCUCAUAUUUUAUUGUAAUAUUAUUAUUUAAUAAAACAGAGUAACAAAUAAACUGAAAUUAAAUAUUAUCUAAUAAUAAAACAACUAAAAACUUAAAUUCACAUUUGAGACAUUUUCGCAAUAAUGAAAAUUUAUUGUUACAGUUUUAUUAGGAUUAGAGAUUGUUGUUGAUUUUAUAUUCUGCAUCUUUGAAAUAAUGUCCGAAUCUGGCUCAGUUUGAGGAAAAUGGGCCCCACAAAAUGUAAAUACUAAGAGCCGUCGUACCAGUCAGUCUUUAAUCAAUCAAUAUUUGCAUUCGAUUUCUUCGGCUCUAAACACUAAGAUGUUCUAAAUUCAAAAAGAUAAUUGCAGCUCACUUAUAAAGAGGAUUAAAAACUCAUUACUGCCCGCUAAAAGUUUCUUAUAGAAAACACCACCUUUGGGUGCACUUAAAGGCGAACCAAGUCGUCCUUUUCGAAUAGAUGGGAUGAAAAUAUAUUUGCUUACGCGUUAAAUCGACACAUCCUGUUGAAAUGCACGUAUUACCUAUUUUAUUAUCCAUAUUCCUGCUAGUUACUGCGCGUAUGGGCUGAAUGUAAACGGGGUAUUUGGCUGCAAGGCAGCGCCAUCUGCACACAUUGUAGCAUAGAAUAGUAGACAGUGCUUUCGCUCGGGUAGCGAAGGACGAGAUCGUACAUGCCAGAGCCAAGUUGAUUUAUUUUGUAGUAAAAUUUUCUUUAGAUAAGUUACCAGAAUUUGCAAUUUUGACGAAUAUUGCAGACCAAUUAAUUUGAGACGCAAAUAUUAUUCGCUAUACAGUUGCCUGAAUAUCAUAUAAUCAACGAGCAUCCAGUUAUUUACUUAUAGUAACUAGUCCAUUGAUUUUGAUAUAACAGUUCAAUGUUUGUGUUAUCUAUCGCAAAUAAGUGAGAAAAAUAUUUAAUUUUCUACUGACAAGAGUUUCGUAUCAGGAGCGCAAAAUAAUACGUUAGUAUAACUAUUAUACAUGUUCUACAGCUAUAAUUAUUAUGAUUGUGGAUAAGAUCACCCAGAAGAACAAAUAGUGUGCAACUAAUAUACGCUAAAUUGAUUAUUUACCUAACAUAAAUUCUAUUAUCAUAAAACAUUUUAGCUAACUUCACCCAGAUACAGACCUUAGGACUCAAAGAUAUCAAUUAAAUUUAAUGCUUCAUUAGGGGUCACUUUUCUAAUUCUAUUGAUAUCGCAAUGAAAGCGACACCAUCAACUUUAUUGAAACUUAAAAGUUAACUGAAGUCUCUGAGUGUGACUGAUUUUUAUAGUAAUCGUAAAGUUGUGUCACCCUUAGAUCCAGAAGAUCUCUAAAAUGAUCGUAUCAGUUUACCCGCAUUUAAUAAUGUGGACUCGAACUUACACUAAAAAUGCUAGACCUUGACGUAAUGUUCCUAUGUAAGAAUAGUCGUCAUACUAAAAUACGGCUCUUUAUCUGAAUGACCUUGUUUCGUUGGUAAGUUUACUAUUAGUAUUCCCUAUUAUUGGGAUAAAUCUAUAAAUCUACUUAAACACAUCACUGCAUCUUUGUCAUAUUUGAAGUUAAUAAAUGAAGUCUGAAUUUGAUUCCAUUUAUGGAGCACGGAGCGGACAUCCGCUGCCCGUGUAGAUUCGUCGGAAGCGUAAACAAAAUUAGACUUCUAGUGAUACAAUAAUAAUAUAUAUAAUACCUACUCUUUGCCAUAAAGCCAUAUAUUAUCUCAAAAUCGUCUGAUUGUUCGACUAUGGACUUAAACAAAGACCUCUAGAGCCACUAACCUUUUUUUUUGUAUUUAUUCGACAUUUGCCCAGUGAUAAUUCUUAAAGUAAUAUAAGUUAUUUACGAGAUUGCUACCUUGUUUUUAGCGAGUUUCCGAUAUUUCGGCACUGUUGCAAGCGCCAUGAUCACGGAGUAACUGAAGUAAUUGCGGGUAGGCUGUUAUUGGCAGACAUAUCGGUUUACCCUCCGACGAAGUAUUUUACUGCGUUUGAUACCCGUACCACUGUUCACAUUCUCACUAUUCACUCGAAACUGUUUUCGACACACAACACUUACAGUAUCGGACCGCGACACGACACUUUUUUGAUUAUUUCCGGUUUUACACAUACGAACCACAGGAUUCCAGACACUCGACAAUUUAAACCUGUCUUCACGAUUGAGAAUUUUAUGUUUUGUUAUUUGAAUCGCUUCCCUGACCAAUCUUGGUAUGUAGUGGCGUUCUUUCAUGAUAAUCUGUGGGUUAUGAAACUCAAUCCAGUGGUUAGGAGCAGAAUCAAUCAAAUAUUCUGCGAUGUCUGAUUUCUGCGUAUCGUUGUUCUUGAUUGCUUUUAUGUGUUCCCUCAUUCUGUAUGAUACUGUUCGCUUUGUUUGGCCAAUGUACGAACUGCCACAGCUGCAAUCGAUCUUAUAGAUCAUGGCGCUUGCAACAGUGCCGAAAUAUCGGAAACUCGCUAAAAACAAGGUACAUGGUAACAAUCCCGUAAAUAACUUAUAUUACUAUAAUGUUAGUGACCAUGAAAGUUUAAAACAAUAUAGUGAUAAUUUUAUACUAUUAUUUUCCGGUUUUGUCUGUGGAUUAAGUAAAGUAAAAAGGCUCAACGGGAUAGGAUGUGAGGUGAUGUAGGUAGGUGACGGUGUAACUGAUUCUCUGGUAUAGCGUGUAUCUUUAAAAUAUAGUAGCUGCUUACAAUCAGCUAAUAUGAUAUAAGCUUUUUUGCCAUCUUUAAAUUAAAAUGCUCUAGUGUUAUUUAAAUAAAACCAUUUAUCGUGUUGUUUUAAAUUACUUUAGUACUGCUUUUCUGCCAUACCAGCUCCGUCUACUCCAGAUAAAGAACCGUUUUAGAAGAGUAAGGUAGUAAUUAUUCCUAAUAAUAAUGUAACAAAAAAUUCUAUUAAACUAUUUACAGAUUUAUUUAUUAAAAUGCAUAUUUUUUUGGAAAGUAAAUCUUUACAUUAUUGCUAGUGCAGCCGAGGUAUGUGCCGUCUCAACUUCAUUUAUAUUGAACACAUUUGGAUGAGUUAAGGCUAAUUUAAGAGUCAACAUUUCAUGAAACCCGAGUUUAGGAAGCGCCCUAUAAUACAUAAUUAUGAAAACGGUCUCCUUUAUUAUUGUGCUAGUGCUAAGUUUUCUAGAAAUUGGAUAAUAAUAUUUAUGAUAAUAGGUAAUAAGUUUCAAUUUUGGUUUAAGUGCAUAUACUCAUGUAGUGUGUUUAACGUGAUGUGUUAGUAUUAAAAUGUAAGUCUAAUCCAUGGCAGCAAACCAGUUCAUAAAAAUAAAUAUUUGUAUAUCUAUUCAUGAAAACAAUGAUCGCGAUCACGAUAAACUAAAAUGACAUAUCGAAUUUCACAGUACAAGUGUUCACAAUAUUACUUCAAUAAGAUUUGAUUUGCCCUUGAUUUUAUGAUAUUAAUAAAACGUUUACGAAUUGGUACAAGGUACUUACAUACAUAACAAAUAAAAUACGAUAAAAAAAAACAACAUAAUUUACAUUAUUCAAUUCAACCUAAGUUUUGGUGGAUAUUUAUAUUUAUGAAUGAAUGGGUUAAAAAUCAUCAAAAUUCAAUUCACAUAAGAAAUUACAGUAUUUACUAUACAAAAGCAAUAAUUUUGGUAAAAUAGUAUACAAAAUGUAUAAUAGCAUCAAUGUAUAAUACAAUAGAUGUCGCAGACAUUUUUCUGUUUGAUAAGAUUCGUACAAAUAUAGCAAAAACCCGUUUCUGAUAUUCCUAUACUGUUUAUAAAUGGCUUUUUAGUCAUAAUUUAUUGCCCCUUAAGAAAGUUAUCAUAAAACAAAUUACCUAUCUUAAAUAUUUACAUAUCUCACAUAUGUUUACUGAAAAAAUCGAAAGAUGAUGAUAACAUUUCGAUUUUUAGCACUUCUCCAUCGUAAGGUAGGUACAAAAAAAGUUUUUUAAUUUUAUGACAUCAGUGUCUGCUGCUUAACUUGAACCAUUGGGUCUAAAAUAGCGAGAUAGCACGUCUACGUAAUACAUUGUUCAUAAUGCUUAAGUUUUUCAAAUCUGAAAUGUAAAAUUAUAAGUAAUUUGUACUACAUUAUUAAAUUUCAUAGAUAUGAGUUUGUAAAACAAUUUAAGAAUUACGAUUUUAAUGAAACCUAUUACAGAUAUUCUAUACAAACUGCGCUAUUUUAGACCACUAGGACUCCUAGUGUUAUUAUGUUAUGGGUUGAUAUCCAAUAGCUAAGAAAUCAAAAAUAUUGUAUAUAUUAAAUGAAAUUAGAUAAUUAAAAAGAGCUGAUAUUUGUUCAUUAAUACUAUUAUACAAAUAUUACUCCGAUUAUUGGUAAUUUUAUAUCAUAAAUUAAAUUGUAUGUUAUAUAAAACAAAGUAUUAUGAUAACAAUCAUAAGUGCUUAAGAGGUGUUCAGGAUACGAAUGUACUUGAAUGAUAUUAAAUCAGGUACUAUUUUAGAAUUAGCACAGUGCAUACACAUAAUUAUAAUAAGUAUAUAAUGUUAUAAUAACAUAGUCUACUUAAAACACUUGGCUAGGUGAUUAGGCAUUUGAUAACAUUGUUUGUGUAAACUAUGUCAUUUCAUCCACGUGGCAGUUUAUUAUCAGGUCAUUAACCCCUUUAUUAAAAUUGUAAUUUCUAUUAUACUUUCUCGUAUCAAAAUAAAGUAGCCAACACAAAUGAUUUGUUUGAUAAUGAAAAAAUAUAUCAUCAGUAUGUGAUUGUACUUCAUGAAAUCAAAUUAGGAUACCAAAUAUCAAUCGAUCGAAGGAAAAAUAAAAAUUAAAUCGGGCUUGUCAAAACGCACACUGUUAAUGAAUGUCUUAUAAUGAUUUCGAAAUUUCAUAUUCUUGUUACCGAUAAAAACGCAAGCUUAAUUUAAAUUAAACACACCCUUUUGGGAAUUUAUCCUAAAAUUUAUGCGACAUCAUUAACAAAUUUCUUACUAAAUAAUAUAAUCAAAUAUAUUUGUCUCACAGACGAAAUUCGUUUAACACAAAUUAAAUAUAGUAAGCAAAGACAACAACUUUCAACUCUGAUUUGGUAUUUACCACCUUAUUGCUACACAAUAGUGUGUAUUUAAACUAAUUAUAAAACCUUAAUAUAGUUUUAGCUAAUCAACACGUUAGAUAUUGUAGCCAGACUACGCUUAAGUAUUUAACUUUGCACCAUUGCAUCUUAAGCCCUUUACACACGUUGACAUAAACCGCCUUAUCACAAAACGUAGACUAAAGUUAAACCUGGACUAAAACUGAUGCUGUCUCUUUUGUUUUCUAAAGAGGGGACAGAUACAACGUUAAGUUUAAACCAAGACUAACUUUAGUCGGCGUUUUAGAAUAAUAGGGUAAGAGAUUCAAGAUUACGUAUUAAGUUUUGAUUAGAUUGUAAAAAAAAAGUUGCGGGUAGAAUGCAAAAGUCGAUGAACAAAACCUCUUUACGCAUUACCUCUCAUAUUACGUGCCAUACUUCGGUUUCUUUUUGCAAUACGCCAUAGAACAUAGCUGCUAUUUUAGAUUAGGUUCAUAUCAGCGACGCAGGACGUGUUUAUAAAUUAUUUCUAUGCAUUAUAUUAUUCAGUUAGACAAGAGACGUUAUCAAAGACUUAUGUACAUUGAAACAAUCUAUUGAAUGAUACUGUUACUUCAAAAUAUUAUUAUCAGUUCGUGUUAAUUAUCAUCAAUAAGGAAUUGAUAUUUCCGUCUAGGACAAAUAAUACUUAAAGUGUCACUAGGAGGAGGUCAAAAUUGGAAACUUUGAUAAACGUCCGUGUGCUUCGUGUGUAUGUACUACUUAGAUAGAAAUUCGAUAAUCGAAAAUUUACUUAGUUUAGUUUUGUGACAUUCAAUAAGUGUUGGUGUUGUAACGUGUGUCUAGUCGGUAACCAGCCAGGUUUGAAACGAUUGGCUGUCAGACAGCUAGCUCUCCUUCCACCAAGGGCGACGGGAGUAGGGAACU